UGUCGUUCUCUUUUUCUCUCUCACACACACGCUUUUUCUCACCAAAAAUAUACCACUAAACAAGUAACAUAAUUAAGCAUAAUGCACCGUCAAUCACUCGGAUCACCGGCGUCCAAACUCCACAUCCACAACGCUAUCUUCACCGGCACCGUAGCUAUCUCCGACGACAUAUCACCGUCGUCAUCUUCUUCUUCUUCCGCCAGCGUAACAGAAGAACGCAAGUCACUACAUAAACCUUUAUCUUAUUCUUCUUCUUCUUCUACAAAUAAACUUAUUCACUUAAUUCCGUUACUUACAUUCUUAUGCUUUUUAAUUCUGUAUUUAUCUUCUCACGAUCCUUCUAGAACAGAUUUUGCUAACGUCACAUCUGGAUUCACAGCGUUUUCUUCGAAGAAGUCUGUUAUAGAUUCAAUUGAUUUGGAUGAUAAUAUUGGAGGAGGAUUUCUAGAGAUAGAAAAGAAUGAUGUAAUAACAAUCAGAAGUAUGAGGAAUUUGCAACAACAAGAACGACAUCGUUUUCACCGGAAAUUUGGUCAAUAAGAAUAAAAAGUCAAACCUCUGCUUUUACCGUCGUCGGUGGACUUCACACGUGCGUAAAUGCUGAGAAAAUAUUUUGUUUGUAUACCACGAGUGUGUAUGUAAUGUAUUGAUGUUAUAAUAUAGAUGGUGAUAACUUAUAUACGUAUAUACAUUACAUACACAUUUCAUAUAUAUAUGCAUGUGAAUUUGGCAUUUUAAUCUGUAACCGUGUGUGUGACACUUCUCAAUCGAUGAUUGUUUUUCUUUUC